UCAGAUUAAAUUUAUUAACUCCAUCUAUCAAUUUCUCUAAGUAAUCAAAAACAAAUUACCGAAAAAAUCGAUCGCAAACCGUUGAGUAGACACUGAUUACCUACUCCGGUAAAUAAAGAAAAACCUAGAAAACCAAUAGCACCGUUAUCUAGAUACCCUGGCAGUUUCAAUGCCACCUCAGUCGGUCAGAAAAUGGAAACCCUCACAGUCGAAAUCGCGUUGUCUGAGCGUCGACAUCCAACGCCAGAAUUUGAUUAACGUUACCAGGCAACUGACUGACUGUAAACAACAACGUAACGUUUGUAGCGUGGCGACGGGCUGUAGAGCCCUGUUUUUCCGCCAGUGGUGCACCGUCGCGGUACAAGAAGACGCAUGGAGAAAUGGUUCAAUGGAAGUAAGUUGUGGCUACUUGGCAAUCAACUGCAGUUACUUCCAAAAAGGACCAGAACCCCUUCAAAAGUAAUGGAGAGAUACGAGAAAAUAGGAAAAAUGGGGGAAGGUAGCUAUGGAGUGGUGUAUAAAUGUAAAAAUAGGGAUACUGGGGAGAUAGUUGCUAUAAAAAAAUUCGCUGAAAGUGAAGACGAUCCCUUAAUAAGAAAAAUAGCAUUAAGAGAAAUAAGACUUUUAAAGAAUUUGAAGCAUCCAAAUUUGGUGAAUCUGAUAGAAGUAUUUCGCCGAAAACGUCGACUACAUUUGGUGUUUGAAUUCUGCGAAAAAACAGUAUUAAACGAACUGGAACGGUAUCCUCGUGGUUGCCCCGACAUUUUAACGCAACAAAUCGUAUGGCAAACGCUACAGGCAGUGGCGUACUGUCACCAUCAUGGCUGCAUUCACAGGGACAUUAAACCAGAAAAUAUUCUACUUACCUCUAGCGGUGUUGUCAAGUUGUGCGAUUUUGGGUUCGCUAGGAUGUUAAGUCCUGGAGAAAACUACACAGACUACGUGGCUACAAGAUGGUACAGAUCACCAGAAUUAUUAGUUGGAGAUACACAGUACGGACCACCUGUCGAUGUUUGGGCUAUAGGGUGUGUAUUGGCUGAACUAAUAAAAGGAGAAGCGUUGUGGCCUGGUAAAUCAGACGUGGACCAAUUAUAUUUAAUCAGAUGUACAGUGGGAGAUUUAUUACCGCGGCAUAUGCAAGCUUUUAAAACAAACGAUUUUUUUAAAGGGAUUAUACUGCCUGUGCCCCAACAAAUGAUUCCUAUAGAAGUAAAAUUACCUAUGUGCAGUGGAAUAACUAUAGAUUUUCUUAAGAAAUGUUUAGACAAAGAUCCAUUAAAAAGAUGGACUUGUGAUCAACUACUUAUUCAUCCGUAUUUCCAAAACUUUAAAUUUAAAGUCGACGAAAAUGAAAUUAUAACUGAAAAGUUAUUAAGGGGAAAUAAAUCGAGAAAUUCUACAAAUGGCAUUGGUCUGCCAAUGAUAAUGAGUUCAAAUAAACCCUCAAGCCCUUAUAAAACAUCAAAUAUCUCACAAGUAAGGUCCAAAGUGGACCAUUUACCAACUAUAUGACAAAAAUUUAAUUUUUUUAAGUAAUUACUUAAGUUAAUUGUAUAUCACAAAAAUAACUACUUUCACCGAAUUUAAAGUGUCUUACAUAAUGUGAAUGGUAAUAAAUAUUUUUUUUAAAUAUGUAGGAAUUUUAUUUAACAUCCACUAAUAAAUAAUGUUAACAUAUGUGUAGAAAAUGUAUUUACAAGAUUCUAAAAACAAAUAUAACGUUAAAAUCACUAUUCUCCCUUCUAAUAUUUUUUAAAAUAUGUAGAUAUUUUAUUUAACACGUACAUAGCAAAUGUAUUUACAAGAUUCUAAAAAUAAAUAUAACUUAAAAAUAUCUAUUCUCCCUUUUGAACAUUAGACCCAGUUAAUUUUUCUUUGAAAGCAUGUGCGGC